AUGAACAACUUUCCGUACAAGCUGGCUAUCGUGAACCAGUUAACAGAAUCUCAGUUAGACAAGUCGGUCGGGAUGUGUGUCAGAGGUUAUGUCGACUCUCCAUCUAUCAACGCCAUGACUGGUGGAAAUAAGAGUCUCGAGGGACCAUUGUUUCGCGCGAUGAUCAGGGCCUGCCUACUAGCCGGAAAAGUAUGCACCGCGAUAGUUAUUGAUACAGGCGCCAUUGCUGGAUUAGCUCUCUGGUUUCCUCCAGGGAAAGUUCUUUGGCAAAAAAGCGAUGUGCAGAGGAAUCUUGGCUUUAACCAGUUCUUACAGUCUCUGUCACCGAAGACCAGAGAAUGGUGGAUUAACACUUAUGGUUCUGCACUGGCCCCGUUUAUCAAAACUGCUCUGUCUCCUCAUACUGUUGAAAGCUCCUGGUAUUUGAAUUGUAUUUGUGUUGAUCCGAAGUAUCAACGCCAAGGAAUCGCUACAAACCUGAUCAAAAUGGUGGAACAGAAGGCAACGACGACCUCUAUUCUUGCACUCUGCACGGAUACCGAUGUCAACGUUGCGGUAUACAAGGCGCUCCACUUUCAAUACAAGGGAGAAGCGCCUCUACCAACUCCGGACGAUGGAUAUAUCGAUGUACAUUGUUUCACUAAGCCUGGCGCAAGGGUGUAG